AUGGAUCAAUUUUUUAAACCCCCACCUUCUUAUCCCUUGUCUCUAGAAACGCACCGUCAUCGAAUCUUCAGACCACCACUAUUCUCGCCUCCAUCGUCGCCAGUGAGAAUGAUCUACUUGGACCCUGAAAAAGAGAGCAACGAAGGGGAAGAUGUGGUGGUGCUCUUUUUUCUUCCCCAUCGGCUACGGUUCUACUGUAUCGAUGCUUUCUCGACGUAUUGGUUACUAACACUGGUGGUAGAAGAAGACGGUGGAUCGGCGGUACCAUACCAAGCGUUUAUACAGGAAAAGGAUAGCAUUUGGGAACGCUGGAUAAGGAAGCAGAAGCAAGGGAAAUCCAAUAAGAGGUCUACAGAUGACAACUUGAGAAAAGAAAGCUUUGAUGGAAGUAGGAAAGACAUUAAUGCAGCCAUUGACCGGAUUUGUGAGUUCACAGGAACUAAGAUAAUUUUAUGGGAUCUAAGGGAGCCAUUCAUUGAAAACGUAUAUAGACCUAGUGUUUCAGAGUCCAGGUUAGAAACAACACUCAUUGAGCCUCUUGAUGUGGAACCAAAUCAACUAUGUGAUAUCAUUGUGGAGCCACUAAGAGAUCGAAUUGUUUUGCUUGAGUCGAUUGAAAUGACAUGUGAUCCAACCUAUCUUGUUAAUUUUGUGGAGUUAUAUACUGUGUUGGCUUCCUUUCAAUCUCAUGAAGGAAGGGUACUUGGAUUAAUAGCUGUCACCUUUUCAUCCAAUCAUGAUGUUAGCUGUUUUGCACCAGAUAUCAACGUACCUUCUCAAUUCAUGAGGAAUUUAAUAGAUGACAACUCUUCAAGUGAGCUUCUAGAAGGAACUCAAAUUCAAGAUUUGUAUGAUCUCUUGGAAAUUAAACUAGUCGACUUCCAGAUAAACUUGUUUGUGCCAUUCUAUCCUACUUAUUAUUUUCCUAUUCUGGAAAACCUCAAUGCUUCUUCUGCUUUAGCAUUAUGCAUUGUUCAGGAUGAAUCAUUAUUGAAAGCAAUGGAGGUCAUACUCACAAAUGCAACAACAAUGUCAUUUGAAGUCAGAUUCGAUAUCCCAUUUGGUGUAUCUCCCAAGAUUCUGGACCCUGUAUAUCCAGGACACAAGUUUCCUCUUCCUCUACAUUUAGCAGAAUCAGAUAAUUACUUUGCUCUUCAUGGGAUUUUCAGGGUCUUGUUCAAUGCUUUAGCUGUGUUUGCUCUAAGGGAGAUCAACAUAUCAAAAGUAUGUCUCCCCAAAAGAGAAUGGAAACUUAUUAAGGAAGAGACGUCGUGUGAUCUCCCCUCCAAGGAAUCAAACAUCUCAAAAUUCCCUAUUUCUACCUACAAUUCUACUGCUAUGCCCACUGUAUCGGUGGCUGAUGGAUCCACAUCUGCUCCUAUUGACCUAAAUGUUUCACUUAUUUUGAUGCCUCAGGAGGAUUCAUGCAUCGAUUGUUUCUCCUAUUCUAAGGAAAAGGAACUAACAGUUGAAAUUGUACAACAAGUAGGUUUCAAGAUCUGUUCAGAUGAUCCAAUCCUCAAUGAGGUGAUGGAUGAGUCUGGAGAGGGCUUGGGCAUAAAUUAA